AUGGUUGUGGAAAAGAAAUUUGAAAAAAUUCAGCGAAUUUUGAUGAUGAUAAUGGGAAAUUUAGGCAGCGGCACCGCUCAUCGAGUAGCAGCGUGUCAACGAGAAGCAGCAGCAGUGGUACUUCUUCGGAAAGCAGCUAUUCGAAUGCUUCUGAAAGCCACACACGGAAAGCUUUCAGAUCACGAUCACCAAGCAGGUAGAUUUGAUUGCUGUUUUGAGCCACGUAAUUUGUAUGCCAACAUGCACUGCUGUUACUGGAUUGACUGGUUUUUCAGGGGUCGCGACUCGGAUGAUAGCGAGGAGCAAAGGGAACGAAGAGCGCUGCGUAAACAGAUUCGAGAAAAAGAAGUUGCAUAUGCAGAAAGGCUGCGAAAGUGGGAAGCUCGAGAAAGACGGCAAGCGAAACUGUAUGACAGAGAUGAGCAGCGAGAGAAGCAGCGAAAACGAGAUAUGCAAAAAGAAGCCAAAAAAUUGAAGCAUUUUCUGGAAGAUUACGAUGAUGAACGAAUGGAUCAGAAAUAUUACAAAAGUUCCUCAUUAUUCCAACGUCGACGUGAUUUUGAACGGGAACGUGAAGCGGAUGCCAAAGAUCGACAACGUGAGCAACAGGAAAUCGAGGAGCUCAAGACACAAAUAUUGGCUGAAAAUUCCACUAUUGAAAAUGUAGAGGAGGAAGCUAGGAAACGACAUGAGGAACAGGAGGAAGCGCUGCUACGAAAAAUACGAGCUGAUUCCGGAAGCCCAAAUCCGCAUCGCCCACUAGGACAAAAACCGUUACCGCCGGAGCCGGAAAAGGACGAAGAGAGUGAAGAAUCGGAAAGUGACUCUGAAAGUGAGGGAACUGUUGAGGAGCCGAUCAAAGCUGAAAAACCUGUUGAGAAGCAAAGCAGCUGGAAAGCUGUAUCUUCCGAGGGCGUUUCUGCUGUGAAUUCACCAGGUGUCGCGUCCCCCUCUCUGAUGUCGUCGUCAGUGGCUAGUCCAGCCGUUGUGCGUACCGAUGUCAUUGCUCCAGCUCGGCCCUCGACCAGUUCCCAUCUGAAUGGCGUGUUUGGAUUUGAGGAAAACGAUGAAGAUAUUGCGUUCCGGAAGAAGAAGCUGAAACCGUUCGAAAUUACAGAUGAGGAUCGCAUCCAAGCGAUGACUCCUGAAGAGCGUAAGCAGAUGAUAAAGGAUUUGAUAGAUCGCAUCCCAACUGUUAAAGACGAACUGUUUGCUUUCCCAAUCAAUUGGAAUUAUGUUGACAAACUGCUUGUCGAGCAAAGGGUAAUAAUGAAUCCGUUUUGA